CAAUUUAAAAUAAUCGAGGACAUUUUGUUUUUCAAAUUUUUUUGUCGUUCAUGAGAAAUAUUUAGUUACAAAUAUGUACAUACAUACAUUUGAAAUUACUUAGAAAACUAUUUAAGUCGCAUUUAUUCAAGUAAUACCCCAAAUAAAGAUUAUGCGAUAACGCAUCGAACCAGGAUCGAUUUAAGAUCAUUUCAACUAGUGCUACCCAAUUAGCCUAUACAUAUCCAAUACAUGUGUGUAUGUAUGUAUGAAUGUUUAUGUGUGCGACGUUAUGGUUUUCUGUUUUAACUUUUUGCAGUAAUAAACUAAUGGGUCAAGCGCAAUAAUUUAAUCACAUAAUGCGCUGACUGACUACUAAACAUUCACCAUACAUUUAAGCUACUUACAUAUGUACUUAUAUUUCUCAAUUUAUUACAUUGAUAAGCCACGUAUGUACAUACAUCGUCUGUUAUUGCUGAAUUCGCCAAAGCCAAAGAUACAUACAUAUAUACAUAUGUAUAUGUACAUACAAUUAAAUAAAUGUAUAAUAUAUUGAGAGCUUUCUUAUCAAUGCAAUAGUAAUGCAAUCUGAGUUUAAAGGACUCUGCCGAUGCUACGGUUCAUUGCUGUAAUUCAUUGUUGUGUGAACAUAAGUGCUAUAUUUUUGGACUGUUAUACAUUAAACGCGAAGCAUUUCGUCAUUUUUACCACAGUUAUCUGCCAAGAUGCAACACAGUCUAAAACAAUUUGAAAGUAGCUGAAGCACAAGAUAUAAGCCGCUCCCACGAUACUUUCUUUAUUUUUUUGCUAUGCACUUUGUUUUUGAUCAGUUUUAAUUUCCGAAAUAGAGUUCUCUCUUUGUUACCUCAGUGCACUGAUCCAUGAAAGACCAGUUUCUAGUUUGAAUUGUUUCUGGCAAGCUGAGUACUUUUCUUAAGCGUUAUCAAACUUAGCAGUAUGUAUGUAGCUGUAUAUGUACAUGAAUAUGGCUAUAGUUGACCGAAUAAUGCUUCAUCCACAUGCUCGUAUUGUGCGUUAGUCUGGUUAGAGCUUUUCAUGUGUUAGCCACAAUUUGUAUGAAGUGAAGUGAAAGCAAUGCUUUAUAUUUACCUCUUUAUUCAUUUCAAUGGAUGUACUAAAGAUUAAAUUAGACCUAAAUUGUGACAAAAAAACACUUUCUGGAAUAAAUUUAGGAAACUAAAUUAAUUAUAUAUAUAUUCUUACCAACAUACAUUUACACAUAUGUAUGUAUAUACAAACAUAGAUUGAAAGGACACCCAAGAAUGAUUUCCUCUAUGAGUGUUGUGCAUGAGUUGGGAAUCACUGGCCAUAAUAUAGUAGGUCGUACGUUGUGUCAGGUUAGCGAAAUUUAUGUAUUUGAAACACUCAGUCGCUGUUUUAAUCUCAAGCUUAACUGUGAAUUGACUUGGUGUUAGUGACAUUAUAUCAAUAUAGAUUAAAUAUCUGCGUUAUUUUAAUCACCGUGAGCGGAUAGUGAUAUUUAAAAAUGCCAGAUAAGGAUGACGCAAUGGAGAUCGAAACCAUUGGUAGCGGCAGUUCAGCAAAUGGCAACCUCUUGAGCCAAGAAAAAUUCAAAUUACACUUCAGCAAUGUUUUCUAUACUGCUAAACAGAACAAUAAACUGGUUUCGAUACUUAAUGACAUAUGUGGAGAGUUCAAAUCUGGUCGUCUAACCGCUGUGCUGGGGCCAUCUGGUGCGGGGAAAACUUCCAUCCUCAAUGUGCUCUCUGGCUUCAAAGCAAAUGGUGUGUCUGGCAAAAUCACCUUCAAUGGAGAAGAGCGAAAUAACUUGGCAUAUCGCAAGGUAUCAUGCUAUAUUCCACAAGAUUUUGCCUUGCUCGAUUUAUUAACGGUGCAGGAGACCAUGAGCGAUUCGGUGGAUCUUAAAUUGCCUUCAGAAACAAAGUCCGAAGAAAAAGAAAAAAUUGUCAACGACAUUAUUCGGAUACUAAAUAUGGAGAAGUGCCGACACAGAUUAGUGCGUAAUCUUUCUGGUGGUGAGAGGAAACGUCUAUCUAUCGCUAUAGAAUUGGUCACCAAUCCUCCAAUUAUGUUUUUUGAUGAGCCAACUAGUGGAUUGGAUAGUGUCUCCAGUUUGCAGAUAAUCAACUAUUUGAAACAAUUAGCGCUUGAUGGCCGGAUAAUUGUGUGUGUAAUUCAUCAGCCAAGUUCGAAACUUAUGAAACUAUUUGAUGAUGUUAUAGUGAUGUCGCGAGGAAAUUUGGUGUAUUCAGGACCAAAAGUAGAUAUGAUUCCCACUUUUGAGGAAGCGGGCUUUGCAUUUCCCGAAUAUUACAACCCAGCCGAUUUCGCUUUAGAGGUGAGCAGUGAAGAGCACAAUGAACAAAUCUUGAGUUUAAUUGAAAGAAAUAAGAUACGUUAUUGCGGAACAUCUACCCAUCCUAAUGAAGACGAAACGAAUGCAAUAGACGAAAAUACCAAAAUAUUAAAUAACUCAAAUAAUCAUACCACAAUUGAUGUGCCAUCACACUGUGGCACCGAAAGCAGGCGAUCAGCACAUGAACGAUGCAGAUUCACAAUCAUACGUCCCGAAGCGAAGGUAGGGGUCUACAGGCAAAUGAUCAUACUCACACGGAGAUCUCUACGUACAAUGUCAAGGAACUUGAUAGCAGUACAGUUACGUGUUGUAGUGCAUGUUAUUGUUGCAGUCCUUGUUGGAGCAGUAUUUUGGGAUAUCGGCAAUGACGGUGCCAGGACUUUAACAAAUAUAUCUUGUAUUUUUUUCAUUAUAAUGUUUAUAUUCUUUGGCAACGCUAUGCCUUCAAUUUUGCUAUGUCCACAGGACACGCCGGUUUUUAUACGUGAGUACUUAAACGGUUGGUAUUCCCUUAGAGCGUAUUAUGCGUCAAAACUUACCUCAGAUCUUCCGAUGCUCUUGAUUUGUCCAUCAUUAUUUACGGCGAUAAUUUACUUUAUGACGAGUCAACCGGAUGAUAUUGUACGAUUUGCUAUGUGCUGGGUGGUUAGUAUAAUUUUGGCCAUUGUAGGUCACUUUAUGGGAUUAGCGUUUGGGUCGAUAUUCGAAUUGCAGAUGGCAAUCCUAUUAGUACCUGGAAUAUCGAUUCCGUUUAUGAUUUUUUCAGGGUUUUUUAUACGUAUUCAUGAAUUGUCAGAUAUUUUUCGACCAUUGUGUGAUAUCUCCUUCUACCGUUAUACCAUGGAAGCAUUUAUUCAAGCAAUAUAUGGGUAUGGUCGCCCCGAUUUACAAUGUGAUAGAGAAUUUUGUUACUUUAAAUCACCAAGUAAAUUGCUAAAGGAGUUGGAUAUGGAAGCCGACUUGUAUGGCCAUGACAUUUCCGUGCUUUCCAUUUGGAUUAUAUUCUUUAUGGUGUUAUUUUUCAUUAGCUUGGUUUUACGUAUUAAACGUGAACAAUAAAUAUACAGAAUUUUCGUUUUAUCAGUUAUUUUUUACAUUAACUAACUCAAAAAUAUAAGUAUGGAGAAAAUUCUAUAUAUUUCUUGAACAAAUACAAACGCAUUUUCAUAUGAAAAAUGCAAGUGAUUUAACUUUUCUAUUCAAAAAUUGAGUAAAUAUGAAAAUUCAGAGCACUCCAGAACAUCGUAUUAUUGAUUGGAAUUAUUACGUUAAACCAAGACUUUUAAAAUUCCCAUUUGUACAAAUAUGUAUAUAUUUCUAAUACUGCUUGGUUAUUAUCAAAUAUGUUUAAGAAGAAGGUGUUAAUGAUAAAAUAAAUUUUGUUAAUUAAAUUUAAAUAUCAAUAUUUA